AACACGGGGCGGACCGUAGAAGAAGAAGAGGAGGAGCUGCUUCAUUGAAUGAGCUUUAGCUCCACUUAGCUUCUGUUUUGGUGCGUUAAGAAUACAAAAAGAGCUCCGUUUGCUGUGCAGCUGGACACAAAUUCACAUUAAUCUGCGGGUUAAGGGUGCCGAGCUGGCGCAGGUUGUGGGUUGUUCGUGGAUAAUGCGAGACAGUGGCGGGAGCCUGGCCCAGAACCGCUGGCAGGGAGACCUGGGUCUGACCGCUGUGGGCCAGGACGACGCCGGAGGAGGUGGGAUUCCCGGGGACCACCUCAUCGUGCCGGUGUCGGGCCACAGCGUGUCCAGCCCCAUGCACCUCCGGCUCGGCCAGAAAGAGAAGGCGUGGACCGGAGAGUAUGUGGAGGACGACGAAGAGGAGGAGGAGGAGGAGGAGGACGGGAUGGGAGGGAUCGAAGCUAUAGCUGAUGAUGAAGAUGAAGAAGAGGAGGAAGUAAACAACCUGCAUGGAGGAGCAGCGGGUGAGUUUGAGAGCAAAGGCUGGGCUCACCCUGACGAGGAGGAGGAGGAGGAGGAGGAACUGGAGGAGGACGGAGAGCAGGGGGAGAUGGAUUGGGAGAUUCCGGAGUUCCCCUCGCCGUGCGCCCAGCACCCCCCCUCGCAGCAGCAGCAGCUGGACGACCCGCAGCAGAGGGCGGCGAGGGCCGCCGAGGCGGACCUGGCGUCCCGGGCCGAGGCCGGGGACCGGUUCGACUCCCCCCUGGGCGGGUACCGCGCCCUGCGGCGGCGGCGGCGCCUGCAGCGGGUCCGGCCCCCCGCCGGCCUGGGCUCCCGGCUCACCCGGCACUGGAGGAGCUGGCGCCAGCGCGCCCGCUGGAUGUGCUCGCUGGGGAACCGGUGGAGCCGGAGAGGACAGAGGUGCAGCCUGUACGGCAAGCAGAGGAGGACGAGACGGCAUCAGCAGUCGCCCUACUCCGAGGAGGACGACGCCCACGAGGAGCCCUUCCGUCUGUCUGACAGAGAUAAGCAGAUGAAUGGCUCGUCCUCGGAGAAGCAGGAGCACAGGGAGAGGCGGGACCUGGACGUCAAACCCGUGGAGCUGUCCCUGACGGAGGAACACACCAGUUGUGUGAGCGGUAUUCUGGAGGAGUCCCUGCAGCAGUAUGGCAGUCUGAUCCCCGUCCAUGUCGACGACAUCGUGGAGAGGCUUCAGGACAUGUUCAGCGAGAACUUCUCACAACCACACAGGAAAGCCAUGAUCCAGCAUCUAAUACAGUCCUUCCAGCGCUCGUCGGGCUCGGCCAUGGCCAAGACCUUCAGAGUCAACUACAAACGCCACGUCCUGACCAUGGACGACCUGGGGACCCUGUACGGACAGAACUGGCUCAACGACCAGAUCAUGAACAUGUACGGAGACCUGGUCAUGGACUCGGUGCCAGACAAGGUCCACUUCUUCAACAGCUUCUUCUACGACAAGCUGCGGACGAAAGGCUACGACGGAGUCAAGCGGUGGACCAAGAAUGUGGACAUCUUCCAGAAGGACCUGCUGUUGAUCCCCAUCCACCUGGAGGUCCACUGGUCCCUGGUCAGCGUGGACAUCCGCGGCAGAGCCAUCACGUACUUCGACUCUCAGCGGACGCUCAACAGGAGAUGCCCCAAGCACAUUUUCAAGUAUCUUCAAGCUGAAGCCAUCAAGAAGGAGCAGCGGGACUUCCUGACGGGCUGGAAAGGCUUUUUCAAAAUGAAUGUAGGUCGCCAGAACAACGACAGCGACUGUGGAGCGUUCGUGCUGCAGUACUGCAAGUGUCUGGCUCUGGGCCAGCCGUUCGGCUUCGGCCAGCAGGACAUGCCCCGCCUCCGCAGGCAAAUGUACAAGGAACUGUGUCACUGCAAGCUCAGUCUGUGACUCCCUGGACCCGGAACCGGACCCGGACCUGGACCCACCUCCAGACCCACCUCCCACCCCCGUGUCCAGCCCCGCCUCCAGCGGGACAUGCCCCGCCCCCAGCGAGACGUGCCCCGCCUCGGAAGUGAACGUCCAAGAACCUGUCUCUGCAGGCUCCCCACAGCCCGGAGCGGUCCUGUUCCCGGUCCCUGUCCUGUCCCCAGUCCCCGUUUCCGGUCCCAUGUAGAGCCCCUUCCUUAUCCCCAUCUCCACCACCCGCCCCCCCCGGUCCCUGUCCCCAGUCCCCGUCCCUGGUCCUCAGCCCCGCCUCCCCCUGAAGCACCAGAGGGACAAUGAAAAGAAGCCGAGGACAAGGGGAGCCAACGAUUGACUGGAAAAAACCGAGAGACGGCGUUUCUCUGCCAACGUCCAGCCGAGUAUCUACUGUAUGUGAUGUUAUUGUUUGACUCUGUGUCCUCCGUCUUCGCUUCCCUCGCCACCUUUUUCAAAGCCGAUUUCAUUUCCGCGUCACGGUUAUUCCUUUGUGGUUGACAGAGGCCAAGACUACGUAGCUUCCUUUCUGGAACAGUCCAGCCGGCUGUAGUCCACUAGAGUCUCAGACUGGAGCAUGAAGUCCGGUCCAGAGGGACGAGUCCGGCUCUGAUCGGUCCUGACUGUGAAGACAGGGUACCGGCCUGUUGGGACGCCGAGCCGGAGCCCGGAGCGCCGCCCCGUCCCUCCGACUGUCGUUUGUCUCGUCACCGUUUUCUACUGACUUUUCCAGAACAUCUGUGGAAGAGAGCGGGGACUGGUCCCCUGCCAGGUCUCUCUGGAGGCUCACUCCAGUCCACGUGGACGUCCGGCGUCCCGGCCGCCGCCCGGCAAGGCCGAUCUUUACAUUGCAUUUAUCUUUUUCUGUGUUUUCUCGCUGUCAGUAAACGUGGUGAUAUGCUUCUUGCUUUAAAUAAAAUGGUGUUCAGAGGACGACACGUUUGAAGAAAAGAUGUUCUGGUUAGUAUUUCUUUGAAAAAGCCAUUUUCGGUGAGGACCACAACAGCUACAGAACAGGCGCAGUAUUUCCACCGCGGAGUUACAGUGCUCUCCUCCUCUUCUUUUUAUAAUAAGACGAACUUGUGGAUAGCUGUGUGUUUUUAUUUCAGCAUUUUUUUGUUUUUGGUUUUUUUGUUUUUCAAACUGAAGUUGAUGCAACAGAGUUGACCGUUUUAUAUCUUCUGCAAUGCGUUAUGGUUGCUAAAAAUAAAAAUAUGUGGCAAACAGCAGUGUG